AUGGGGAUCAUACCAGCACGCAAAGCUGUCGCCUUCUCCGUCAAGAGGGGUCAGCAAGUGAAAGUUGUCAACACUCAUGGCAAACAAGUGGUGGAUUUCUGGGCGUUUAACCCCAAGGAUGCGAAUGACUUCCUGUCCAUGGUCCAUACAAGGACCAUCUUGCUCAAGGUGUCACUUUCUCAGGGGGACACGUUGUACAGCACAAGGAGGAAGCCCAUGCUCGUCUUGACAGAGGACACCACGAAAGGCGUCCACGACAUCAUCUGGUCGGCCUGCGACGCUGAACGAUAUCGCAUGCAAGGCUUCGAUGGAUACCACGACAACUGCACUGACAACAUGCACCAGGCUUUGAAAGAUAACUUUCCACAUUUUGACAUCGCGGACGACUGGGUCCCUGACCCCCUGAACUUGUUCAUGAAUGUGGCUAUAGAUCACCGUGGCGCGUUGGACAUCAAAAAUCCAACCUCUGAAAAGGGCCAGUAUGUGACCUUGGAGGCACAGACGGAUCUCAUCAUCGUCACGAGCGCUUGUCCUCAAGACAUGGCUCCUGUCAAUGCUGGUAUGCCAACAGAUUGCGAAUAUUUGGUUUCGGAGACAGGGGGCCUCGAGCAAAUUCCACCCACGCCGCCACCACCGGUGGAAAUCCGUCGCCGACGUGUCAAAGUGGCCUUGUCGUUCGAUUUCGAUGCGGUGUCACAUUGGCUGGGCACCGGGUGCCACCCGGACAACAACAUGGCCGACUACAGCUCCGGGAUCUUUGCGGGUCAGGUUGGAGCUCUCCGGUUACUCGACAUGCUCAAGAAGUGUGGAAUUGCAGACCAGGUGACGUGGUUCAUCCCGGGCCACACCAUAGAGACGUUUCCGCAGACAGUCCAGCGGGUGGUCGAAUCCGGAGCGGAAAUUGGGCUUCACGGUUAUUCUCACGAAGGCAUCUAUCAGAUGACGGCGGAGCAAGAGAAGGACGUCCUGCUCAAGUGCAUCGACGUCGCGACAAAGUUGUGCGGCGGCAAAAAGCCACGGGGCUACCGGGCGCCCAUGUACACCAUCCGGGAGACCACGGUCAAGCUGCUCCGCGAACACGAGUUCCUCUACGACACGUCGCUCAUGCACCACGACUCGCAACCCUACUUCACGCCCAGCGACCCGCCGAUCAAGACCAUCGACUUCUCCAAGCCGGCUUCCUCGUGGCUCCACCCGACCCAGAUCUCGCCGCGGUCGUAUCCCGAGGGCGACGAGCAUCCUCUGGUGGAAAUCCCGUGCGGAUGGUACAACGAGGACAUGAUGCCUCUGCAGUACCUGCCCCACCUGGCGAACAGCAUGGGCUACGUGUCGACUCGCGUGGUCGAGCAGAUGUGGAAGGACAAGUUCAUGUGGCUGUGGGAGAACUCAUCCGAAGGAGGCGCCUCUGCGGACUUCAUCUUUCCGAUUCUGAUGCACCCGGACACUUCUGGCCUCGCCCACAUCAUAGGAAUGUCGGAGCGGUUCAUCAUGUGGUUGAAAGGGUUCGGGGAUAGCGUGUCGUUCUCGACCCACGAGAGUAUCGCCAAAGAUUGGCUUCUGGAACAAAAGCAAAAGUUGGGUGUCGCAUGA